AAUGAGAGAGAAGAGAUGGUUGAUCAUUGGAACCACGGGCAUCCACUUACAUUGGUGGAAGCUCGUGGAGGAGAAUUCUGUUAUGGGUGUCUAACGUAUUUUAGAAGGGUUGAGAAAGGUUAUGGAUGUAGCCAGAAAUGUGGGUAUGGUAAGAUACUACAUGAAGAGUGUGCAGAGGCGCCGAGGAAGAUCAGGCACGCAAUGCACCCUCAACACAUACUCACUCAACAUCUCAAAACUGGGGCUGUGGAAGGGCGCUGUUCAAUCUGCCAAUCGUAUGUCUGGGGAAUUUUCUACACAUGUACGGAUGCAGAGUGUUCGUUUGUGACGCAUAUCAGAUGCGCGCAGGGAAGCGACAUGAUGUAUCCAGCCGAAGAUGGCGAGGAGCAGCAGAUCAUAAGUCAUCCGAGUCACCCCAAGCAUGGAUUGAGGUUUCUGAAGAGGAGUUGUUCCUUCAAGUGUGAUGCGUGCGGCACAACACGCAGAGGGAGUUCCUACUUGUGCAACAGAGAUGAUUGUCAGUAUUGGAUCCAUGAGAGAUGUGCUUCCUUGCCUCAGAAUAUCCAAAGGGAAGAUCACAAUCAUUCCCUCUCUCUCUCUUUCCAUGUCCCUCCUCAAUAUCUUAGAUAUAACUACCGUUGCGAAGUGUGCAUAAACAAAUUAAACUCCAAACAAUGGAUAUAUCAUUGUGAGCUUUGCAGCUACGUUGUCCAUCUCAACUGCGCCUUCAAGAAAUUGCUCCCCACCACUAGAGAGAAGGGGGUCAUGGAGUUUCCAAUGAAUGAUGUGGCUGUGAGUGAGGACCUAAUUGGAGCUUUUCUAAGAAGACAAGGAGUUGAAGCAUAUACACAUUUACUCACCCCUCCUCAAGAUGAUGUUGAUUAUGAGUUACACCAUCACAAACUCACAUUAGUCUCAUCAUCAUCAUUUCAAGAAGAAAAUGAAGAAAAUAGUGACGAUGAGGAAGACUACUCUUGUAUAAAAUUGGAGUUAAUAUGUGAUGGGUGCAUUACUCCGAUAUUUCUGAAACAAACAUCAUCUUCUUCUUCGUCUUCUUCUUCUUAUUCAGGUAGUAGUAGUAAAGAUAACUACUACUACAUGAGAUGUAGCAUGAGAUCCUGCGAAUACUAUCUUCACUUGGCGUGCUUCCUCUUGCCAACUCAGCUCACUUCUCUUCCUCUUUUCCACAAACAUGAUCACAGCUUUCUCCUUCAAUCCGGUCACAAACUUAAACCAUGGGAGUUGUCAUUUUGCAGCAUCUGUGGCACAUAUAAUAAUGGUCUAUAUUAUGCCUGUACAAAAUGCAAGCGCUUCAAAGUAGAUAUAAAGUGCGCUUCAAUGCCGGAAACCAUAUAUCACGCAGCUCACCCUCCACACCCCCUCAACCUUCUCUCCCCAGUAGAUACUUUGACACGAGGUCCCAAUUUAUGUGAUGGCUGUAAUAGUCUCGUCUGGGAUUCUGAAUAUAGGUAUGCAUGCGGCAGCUAUGAUUUCAUUGUGCACCUUGACUGCGUGGGGCUGCCGGCAUCAACCACCAGCCUUAAAUGGGACAAGCACCACCCGCUGCUGUUGACGCAUGACGCCACUCUAAACCGUCCCGGUGAUUUCUACUGCAAUGAAUGCGAGAAAGAAAUGAACCCAAAGAGCUGGAUGUAUCACUGCCGCAGCUGCGAUAUUUCCUUCCAUCCAUAUUGCUUUAAAACUACAUCCGGCGAGUAUAAAAACAUCAAGUUUGGUCAAAAAUAUGUGAUCGCCGGAGCUCACUGCCACACUCUCACCUUUCAACUUCUCACUACAAAACGCCGCUGCAAUGUUUGUGGUGAGGAUAGGCAUGAAAACACUGGUUUUCACUGUGCAUCAUGCAACUUCUUUGUUUGUUUCUACCGCUGCGGUAAACAUAUGAUCAAAGAUAGCAACAUUAAGGCCAUGGAUUGAAAUAAAAAGCCCAAUUUUUACAUUUUUUAUUCUUUUAGGUUU